UGAGCGGCGCGGGCGCGGGCGCGGGCGCGGGCGCGAGCGCGGCUGCGGGGAACGCGGACCGGCCUCUGGAUCCCGCCGCACUGUCCAGGCGCCUGAGGUCGGGUCAGAAUCUCAUUUUCAGCUUCUACCAGAGCCAGGAGCAGUUGGGAAAGAAGGCUGUGUUCUUUGAAGACCCUGCAGGUGUCUGCCAGCCUUAAAGAGCAGGAUGGAUCUUGAUGUGGUCAACAUGUUUGUGAUCGCAGGUGGGACACUGGCCCUCCCUAUCCUGGCAUUUGUAGCCUCAUUUCUCCUUUGGCCGUCAGCACUGAUAAGGAUCUAUUAUUGGUACUGGCGGAGAACGUUGGGCAUGCAAGUCCGCUACGUUUACCAUGAAGACUAUCAGUUCUGUUACUCGUUCCGGGGCAGGCCUGGGCACAAACCUUCCCUCCUCAUGCUCCAUGGAUUCUCUGCACAUAAGGAUAUGUGGCUCAGUGUGGUCAAGUUCCUUCCAAAGAACCUGCACUUGGUCUGCGUGGACAUGCCAGGACAUGAGGGCACCACCCGGUCCUCCCUGGAUGACCUGUCCAUAGAUGGACAGGUAAAGAGGAUACACCAGUUUGUAGAAUGCCUCAAGCUGAACAAAAAACCUUUCCACCUGGUAGGCACCUCCAUGGGUGGCCACGUGGCUGGGGUAUAUGCUGCUUACUACCCAUCAGAUGUCUGCAGUCUAAGUCUUGUGUGCCCUGCUGGCCUGCGUUACUCAACUGAUAAUCCGUUUAUACAGCGGCUCAAAGAACUGCAGGACUCGGCCGCCGUAGGGAAGAUCCCCUUGAUCCCGUCCACCCCAGAAGAGAUGAGUGAAAUGCUCCAGCUCUGCUCCUACGUCCGCUUCAAGGUGCCCCAGCAGAUCCUGCAAGGCCUGGUUGAUGUCCGAAUUCCUCAUAACAACUUCUACCGAAAACUGUUUUUGGAAAUUGUCAGUGAGAAGUCAAGAUACUCCCUCCAUCAGAACAUGGACAAGAUCAAGGUCCCAACGCAGAUCAUUUGGGGGAAACAAGACCAGGUGCUUGACGUGUCUGGGGCGGACAUGUUGGCCAGGUCGAUCGCCAACUGCCAGGUGGAACUUCUGGAAAACUGCGGGCACUCAGUGGUGAUGGAGAGGCCCCGGAAGACAGCCAAGCUCAUUGUCGACUUCUUAGCUUCUGUGCACAACACAGACAACAACAAGAAGCUGGACUGAGGCCCUACAACUGCAGCCUGCACUUGGCACUGAGCAUCUACCCCCAUCUCCAAAUUCUGACGCGGCCACCACUUCUCAGGGAUCCUGCCCCAAACGCGGUCAGAGAGCCAGCGUCCCUGAGGAAGCCAGUCCCCCAUCCCCCGUCUCGACAGAUCCACAGAGCUUUAGGGGCCACGAGGAGAUCUCCAAGAUAUUUUUCACAGUGUAGAAAUUCACACGGAACAAAAUUAAAACCCAGCCAUGAAAUCUACCCAGAAGUCUUCAAGGCUGCCUUGGGCCAUAAUCACCGAGGCCAUUUUCUUUAAAAACAUCCCUCACAGACUGAGACUCGAGGUUUUUCUGUUGCUUCGACGUCCUCCCCUGCAUGGUCAGUGGCUGUUUAGUCAGGAGCAUUAGUCUCCAUUCGCUGAGCCCCUCUUGUCUAUGUCUAGGUUAAGUUUUACAAUAGAGACCCCUAUGUGAAUGCAGUCUGUCCGCUGCGAGAUCAGGGAGGGAAACGGCCAGCUAUAAAAAGUAUGAGCAGGCGAGGAGGGGUGUAGGCCUGCUGCUGCCUGCUCUCCUAGCCGCCAGAGCAGUGGGGGAUGCGGUGGGUGGUUCCGUGGGCCCCCACGUGUCUGCACCCUCACGGGGGAGCCUAGCACAGUCACAGUAUGAACAGCACCUGGCAGGGAGGGUUUCCUGGGAAUAGUUUAUUGUUUUUUAAAAUAGGACUAAUAAAGCAAUAAUGUUCUAGACAUCUGCAUCUAAAUAAUCACACAAAAUCACCUCGUGGGCCUCGUUUCUAUCUUGCUGUGCUACUGAAGAACCUUGGGUGUAAAAUACUAGUUUGUUAAUGAAUUCUGUGAAUUCUGUGAAUGGUAAUGUGAUUGAAAAUACGUCUAAACAGCUGUAAAAGUGAUCACAAUGACAUGACAUAAAUUUAAUAAAUCUCGAUCAGCAACAUGCAGAUGGUUUCCAUUCCUAGGCUCCUUUUUAAGUACAA